AUGGCUUCUUUCUACCCCUUCAACAAGGAUGGCCAGCUUGCAGGUCGAGUGCCGGCCUCCCUGCGCGCUGGUGCUGCCAGACAGGAGUCCGAGGUGAGGAAGCAGGCUUCUCCGCCCACGCCGUCGCAGCUCCUGCACAGGGCCCUGAUUGCCAAGGAGAACUCCUCAGAGGAUGUGCUGCGCAUCGCCGGGGAGCGACUCUGCGAGUUGGACGCCAACAACUGCGCCACCGCCAUUCACAAGGCGGCCCAGUUCUGCCGCCGAGCAGGCGGCGCUGCAAAGGUCAGCAGAGAUCCACGACUCCAUGGGGUGAUGGACACGGCCGUGCCCUUCACAGACUCUUGGUCCUCUCGUCAACUUUGCCACGUGGCUUGGUCCAUGGCAGUGCUGUCCAUGGGCGGAGGAGGAUCGCUCUUGGCUUGA